ACAGGAUAUAACCGAUCUGCACGAUGGCAUGACUUAAUAUGUUUUAGUAACUCGGCAACCAUCGUCUAUUCUGAGAUUGGUACACGUCCACCGCUUCUAGGUCUCGGCACAGUAUUUUCUAAAAUGUCUGGAUUUAUACAAACCAACGACUCAUUUAUUAACACGUCUCAUCGGCUGACUCUACAAGAAGUGAAUGAUAUCUAUGCUUCUAACAGGAUUGUUGGCGUUGUGUUUAUGUGCCUAUUCAUUUUUCUGGGAACAAUUGGUAACAGUCAUGUAAUCUACAUAUAUGCCUUAACGUUCCCGAAAUCUAACCACAGACUCCAUAUUCUAUGUCUCACAGUUCUUAAUUGGACUAUAUGCACUGUUUCCAUGCCUUUGACUGUGGUUGACCAGAUAAAUCCAUUAAUGGCGGAUAACCUUAUCCCACUUUGUGAAAUUAGAAGAUUUCUGAACUACUCCCUUUUUUGUGCUGCCGGAUUCAUAAUGCUUAUUAUUGCUUGUGAUAGGUACUUCAAAAUAUGUCGUCCUUUGCAUGUGCAGCUUUCCUACAAAAGGGCAAAAUAUUUGUGUUUAAUCGCCAUUUUGAUAUCAUGCCUGUUUACAUGGCCGGCUGCAGUGUUAUUUGGGAAUAAGACUUUUUCUACCAAAUAUGGCGUUGACGGUGUUGUCUGUUUUGCAGUAGAAUCGUAUAAGCAUUACUUGUUGUAUUUUAAUGUUGCACUUGUGAUUCUGUUUUCAAUAGUGGGUUGUACGGGGAUUAUAUUCUAUGUGAAGAUUGGACAGAAAAUGUUCAGUUCCCAGACGAAAUCAACCAGAGGGCUGACAGGUUCGAUAGCGAUACAGACACACAAAGAACCAGAAACACUUCCAGAAACAAAUGAGGAAACAAAGAUUGGCGAAGCAAAUAUUUCUGUCGUUGUGAAUGACGAUGUCGAAUCGCUCUCUACGGCUCAGAACGUAGGAACUGAUGUUCCAAAGCGGUCAAAAUGGAACGAACUCAGAAAAACAAUUAAUAAUAAGAUAACAAUAUGCCAUGGAGACGCUGCACUUGUUCAGCAUACACGAGGCAUAAUUCAUAACUCACAGACCAUGAAUGCAAAAAGAAACACCAUCAUGUUUCUUAUAAUUUCUGUGAUAUACCUAGCUAGCUAUCUUCCAUUUCUGGUUUUUGCAAGCAUUAUGCAUUAUAAAUAUGACUUCGUUGAUGGAUUUAGUAUUACCCCACUGUCUCUGUAUUAUAUAUUUCUGUGGUGUUUCUUUAUAAAUAACAUGAUCAACUCAAUCAUAUAUGCAUUGUGUGAUCGACGGUAUAGAAAACAUCUCAGGCAGAUGUAUUCAGCUUGCCUCCCUUUCAAACGAAAGUGACCGCCUAAACUGGUUUCUGGCCAUGCCGAUCAUUGUGUGGUUAUUAUUUUGUACAAUAACUAUCUGGAUGAUAUUUUAUUCAACAGAAAACAUAAGACAGUUAUAAACAUGUUACUCGUCUUACCCUUUGUGCAGUUGUAGAUGAUUUUACAUGAUCUGUUCAAAAUGGCUGGCAAGCUAUCGCUAUACUAAGGGAAGUAAUUCUGAUAUAUCAGAAUGAUAACUUACAGCAUUUUUCUUAUGUAAUUUUGUAACGAUUAUAGCUUGCGCCUUACGGUUAUCUUUCAAACUGUUGGUGUUACUACGUUGGAAUAAUCCCAAAUAAAAAUUCUUUCAAUUAUAUCAUUUGUAUAUAAUAAGACAUGUUGUCCAUAUUCAUAUUGUGAAUCUUAAACAAGUGUGGGAGUACGAAUGUAACUAGCUAGAAAAGUUGCCAAGUACUUACCGUAGGUCGUUAGUUUUUCUCCGGGUAGUCCGGCUUUUUCUCCACCUCAGAAACCAGGCUCGUCCUUAAAUGACAUUGGCUAUUAAAAGGACGUUAAAUAUAAGCAAACCAAACCAAACCAAACCAGUGAACAUUUGCAGAGUGAGUGUUUCUUGAAAACUAGCUCCUUGUAAAUUUCAUAUUGAAGUUUUAUUAAAUUGUUGAACUUUAAAUCAAACUCUUUGUUCUGUUAGUGAAAUUGGUACCAAGAUGUUCUCUUUUAAUGUAACAAAUAAAUGCAGAAAACUGAA